CACUCGCACGAUAGACUCAGAAAAUCGCGUUUCCUCCCCAUUUCUCCCAAUUUUUCCCUACGGCGAGUGGAGAACUAGUAGAUAACCAGACUGUAUAGGGAAGCUAGGCGAAGGGUACGAAAUAGGAGAGCGAGGGCGUGCAGGAGAACGAGCGAAAAGACCGUGCAAUAGGUUGUUACAUGUGGAAACUCGUCCCGAACGUGAAUGGCCGAGGGACCUCUCGCGAGGCUAGAAGGCCGGCCUUUCUCGAACGUUACCUACUUUACUUUAUCAUUUUUAUUUCGCCUACUUUGUCCUUCUCCUUCACCUCUAGAAGAAUUUCGAAGGAAGCCAUGGAAGUGUUGUCCCCAUGAAUGGAGAUCAUAGCGAGCGUGGUAUACGCUGGCCUUGCUAGAAAUAAUGUACAAGGAAAAGAAAACAUGGUCGUCUCCAACUUGUCGGCCUCUGGUUCAUACUUGUCUAGUUGGCAGAAGUUCGUUGCUUUGAAAGUUUGCGUUUGUGGUGUUGUGAGAAGUUAUUUGCGGUUAUUUUCCUGUCUCUUCACUCUAUUUCGUUUCUCCUGCGUAUCGCCCGUUUCUUUCGUCAACGAAGGUGAUUUCGUUUCGCUUGAAAGACCACACGUGCUCGCAGAGAAGGCAGAGUCGCGUUGGCGGAGGAGAGAGAACGAGCGAGCGAGUUUGGUGGCGCAGUGCAUGGCGUGGCGGGGCUGCUCGUGUGGCGGCGGCGGCGGCGGCAACAUGCUCGAACGUGCAAGGAUGAUGGGGGCAGAGCAGGCGUUCACCCUGCCAGGGAUCAGUAUCAAAUGAUUACGGCUUUCUCAUGCUUUUGGAAUUACCUGAGAAAUAAAAGUAAAGGGUAAAAUAAAUAUCUAUUCUACGCGGCGGAAUAUAGAUAUGCUUGGUAUCAUUGAUAUAGCCAAGUGCGAAGUUUUCAAAAAGGGAAAGUACAGAAUACCCUGAAGAGCUUGCUCGUAAGAUACACCGAAUCCACGGCGAUGAAAGGAGCUGCAGGAACACCCUCGACCACUGCAGGAGUGCGAGGAUGAGGUCAAAGAAGGUUCCGAGCAGGGCGCAAGGCAUGGAGGGCGACAGAACAGGACCUACUUUGGUGAGCAAGGCCACUAACACUCCAGGACACACAUCGACAGUCCUCAGAGGGGGCAGCGUAGGGAGAGGAGCGGAAACGCCCUCCCUCCUGAAAGCACAGCUGGGUCGGGGUUCCGUCCCAGGACGCGGUCCAGCCUUCAAGAGAGAGUCCCGGUGUAUGAGCAUGGCGUCGCCUCCGACAGACCCAAAGGACAUGGAAACUCAGAAGGCUCAGGAGAAGCUCAGGCACAUCGAAUCCCUGGGGAUUAUCAAGAUCGAGAAAGAUGAGCCCUUGGAAGAGGAUCAGAACUCUGAGUCAGCAGCAGCCGCAGUGCCUGUCAUCCCGGCCCCUGUGUGUGAGGCUUCAGGCCAUCCCAACUCACAAGGCAUGGGUAUCAGCCAGCCCAUCAUGAGUGCCCCCCCACCUUCCAUAGCAUCUUUCUCAGACACUCCUGGUCAAAGGUUUUUUAUUGUUGCUCCCCCACAACAAGGACAAGUUUCUACAAAUGUGUCUGUUUUGGAGCUUCCACCGCAAGCAACAACAGUGAGUGGUGUCGUUGAUGUUCCAAUCCUCACCAACAUGGAAGGGGAAUAUGGAUUCACUGUGUCCAUACAGGAUCGUGAACGCACAACAAAAAGCCCCAUGUGGCUGAUGAGCAAGAUCACAAAGAAACUCUACACAAAUAUUAACAAAGCCGUGCCUUUUGAGAUUAACCUGAAGAAGCGGGUUAUCAACGAGCACUUCUUCAUCCGUGCUGUGCCUGUGUUCUCUAGCCCUCAGUUUCUGCGAACAAAUGUCAACAGGUGUCCUAACCAUGCUUCCCCAACGGAUCCUACUAACCACGAUUUCCCCUACCCGGAGCAUGUUGUCCGUGCUGAUCAUCCUGGUGCUCGAUAUGACAACACCAAUGGCCGUCUCUCAGUGCGGGUCCCCCUUGAUAUACUACAGGAUGGAUCUGGUUCAGACUACACCCCUGUCCUCCUACGCUUCAUGUGCCUUGGAUCUUGUGUCGGGGGAAUCAACAGGCGCCCCAUUGCAAUCAUCCUUACCCUUGAAAAUGGCCUUGGACUUAUUGUAGGCCGGAAGGUGGUAGAUGUGCGUGUGUGUGCCUGCCCCACGCGAGACAUUCGUACUGAUGAAAAUGCUGCCCAGAACAAGGGCAAGCGCAAGUGUUCUUCUAUGCCUCUGUCUCCUCACCUGACCAAGAAGAAGUUUCGCACAGUAGAACCCAAGAUAGAGCCGAAGGAGGAAAGUGAUGAGACUUACACAAUAACAGUGAAAAAUCGUAAGCUGUAUGAACUGCUGAUGGGGGUGGUUGAUGCCUACAAUAAAUCCCAUCCUGAAUACUCUGACAGAAAUCCUGAGAGCAGCUUGGAUAUCAGACAGAAUGGAAUAGAGAACCUGGACAGAUCAUUCCCAAAACCAGGGGCAGACAGUGCUAGUCAGUGGGACUCGGAUGAAGACUCUCCCUUGCAGUUGGUAUAUGAGGAGGACCCUGGAGACGCCUCUGUCGAUAAGUCUACAAGCAGUUCUCCAGGUCAGCUCCAGUCUUCAUCUAUUGCUCUCAAACCAGCUACAACCAUGAAACUCAUGGUCUUGGAAAGUGACAGAAAUGGAGCAGACUUUUCCAGUACUCUUGCUGCACAUAAGCCACAGCAGGGUGAGAUGAUGACUGCUUCACCCAUUACCAUAGUGUCCUCUUUGUCAUCACAAGCUGCUCAGUAUCAUGCCCAUGCAGGCUUGGUAAACUUGUCAAAGCAUGUACCAGUUGUCCAGGUGUCACAGUACAGCCAAGGAGCUUUAAGGAGAGCACAGUCAGCUCCAGCCUUUAAGAUGGCUGGCACUCCUCCCCUUGCAAUAUAUAGAGAUGCACGAGCUCAGAGUUAUGUUCUAAAGGAAGAUACAUUAACUAAGACGGAAUCUGUGGAACAUGUAUUUAGAGAACAGUCAUCACCAGGCAGCCCUGAACUUUUAGCAGCUAAUGUAUUGGCUGAGGGAUUUGCAAAAGAAAAGUCGUACAGAUGAACAAUGCUGCAUGUGAAGUGACUUCCUUAGUGAAAUCUUGUCCCGGUGGUGGAUCGUGGUGUCAGGUUGUCCACUGAUCUUUCAGUGAAAAAUGCAGAAAUAUGUGUUUUCUGUGGUUGAGCAUUUCGCAGAAAAAAUAAGUCAGGCCCACAGAAACAGAUUUCUUUCCAAAAAUCACUUUGAACAUUUUUUUGCCAGAAAUGGCAAUAAAAAUGGUAUGUGACUCUAUAGAAAAUGUGCUGUAUAGAUUCAAUAGAAGACUACAGAAAUGUGUACAAAAUACAAACUCCCAAGUGAAAGAGUGAAAUAGCCUACCUUGAUAAGAGUGUAGAGACUAAGAAUGUGUUGACCAAAGGAAGACUUCAGGAAAUAUUACUUGAAGAAAUAAGAAAAUGUGAAAUGAAAUUAUUUAUAAUAUGGAUGAUACAAAUUAUGUGCUGCUUAUAAUAAGCAAAUGAACGGAAUGUAUGUGAAAGGACAGUGUUCGGCUCUGCCAUAUUUCCCUUCUGUGUUAUCCUGAAAUAACUGUUGUAUUUUCACUAUAUCUCAGGGCAUAUUUCUACAUAAUGGUGUCAUUAUUUUUCAUUAUGAUUUCAUUAUAAUUACCCUAUUAAUGUUAGUAUUGUUAUUAUAAGUAGUAAGAGUAGUAUCAUUAUUAUUAUUAUUACUAUGAUGGUUUUGCAGUUUCAUUUUACAUGCAAUUUUGCUUGUAAAAUGCUAUUUUUUGCUAUUUUUUAUGCUUUAUGAUCUUAGACAUUUGCAAGCAAGUUUUUUUUUGUAUCUGAUAGACCAAUUUGAGUGUGCAAUUUAGUGGACUUGAGUGCCUAAUUUUAUUAGAUAUUUUUUAAUUUAUGGCAGUCUUGUCCCAUUCUGUUUUCUUCUUUACCUAGUUUUAACUCUCUCUCUCUCUCUCUCUCUCUCUCUCUCUCUCUCUCUCUCUCUCUCUCUCUCUCUCUCUCUCUCUCUCUCUCUCUCUCUCUCUCUCAUUCUUUCUUUGUUUCUCACCAGUCAAAACUAUGAUGCCUUAUUACCAUCAUGAAUUUUGAAUCCAUAGUGCCUUAACAUGUUACAUGAAGUGAAUAGUAAGUGAAAUAUUUUUAAUUUUCUAUAAUGUCACUUUUUCUAUCUUCUGUAUUUAUGCUGUUGAAUGAUGUGUUCAUACAUAAGGGGUUAUUUUUUAGUUAUUCUUAUUAUAGCUAAUAGAUAAGUUUUGUUAUGGAUAUUAGUUUCACUGUUGUUUAGGCAAUAAAGACAAGAUAAUC